GAAGAAUCUUGAGGAUAACGAAAAAAAAAGAAACAUUGAUUACACCGAGCGUGACAUUUAUAGAUAAUAAAAGAAGCGCAUAUAAUUUUUUUCGUGCAAUUAACGUUAUCGUCUAUAAACUGCAGAAGCUUAUGUAACACCACAGAGUUUCAUAUUUAUAAGUGAAAUAGCACAUAAGAAAAGAAUCUAGCGUUAGGAAGUCGAAGCAAGUAUACAAAAAUUGUAUCAAAUAGCUAUUUCGUAAGUGCAAAUUCAUUACUAACUUUACAAUUUAUACACAUGCCAUUCUGCUGUACAUAAUCGAUGUACGAGUUGGCUUUUUCUAAUACAUAUUGUAAAUAUUGAACUAAUCACGAUUAGUAUACAGUAUAAGACGAUUUUAUAAAUAAUAUAAAAUUAUUAUUCGCUAUUCUUACAAUGAUAUACGAUAUCGAAAAAAUUAUGAUAUAACGAUGUAAAUAGCUACACAAAAAUUCAAUAAAAGUCUGAAAUAUUUAUCGCUAUUUUUGUAUAGAAAUCGCGUCUUUGUAGGUUUUUGGGCUUCAUGUUUAUUUUUUUUAUAUAAUUUUCUGGUUCACAAAUAUGUAGCGAUAGUUUCUUUUUAUAUACUAAUUUUUUAACAAUAAAUAUACGCCUCUGGUUUUCUAUAACAUUUUCAUUACAUUGGAUAUAUAAUCGUAUUACGUAUACUCAAGGUUUUAUUACACUGGAAUCCAAGGCCAUCCGAUUAAUGGUAUUCACUUCAGCCUAAAAGAAAAUGUUCAUUAGUCAUAAUAAUAUUAUAAUAUACUGAAUUGCGUUUUAUUUACACCGAAUAUUGUAAAAUAGCAUAUUUCUCCGCGUGUUACUUGGUUCGAUUUCUUUCAAUGGGCAAGCGCCGUUGAAGAAUUGAAAGGAAGCUUCUUUAAAAGAUAGAUGUCGCAUUAGCGACCGGAAAGCUACUACAAGUUAAUCAAGUUGCGGUAAAACCGUGUCGUAAAAUAAUAUUCUAUUUCCUCGAUAUCAGGCUAUGAGUCGCGCGAUAAAUAAAUCUGAGGAAUUUUCCUUGCAUUCCAACGCUUUGAAAUAUAACAAUAAAGAAGUGACGACUUUGAUUCAUGAUGUAUUUUCGAGCGACGCCGCAGCCAUGAUUGUUUAGUUUCGGGGGGAUGAAAAGUGAACGCGAGCGAGGGAUUUGAAUGAAACGCGUGCGGAAUAUAACGUACCGACUUAUUUCUGUGUUUAACGAGCGUGCCGGUUACUUCAGAGAUAUGGAAAUUUAAACAUUUCUUUGAAAUGUGGUUACGAAGUGAACACGCUAGUAGAAGACUGCGUGGUCGUUUAAAUAUAAGUAAUAUAUCGAGAUCAAAGAUUUCAAACCAUCGAGUACAACUGAGCAGUCUACGGAAACUUCCAUCUAUUGGUAAUAAUAGUCAUCGUAUUACUAAACCAAACAAAUGCAGCAGACUAACACGAUGGAGACGUAGAUGUACACAUUUUUUGAAAGAAGCUUGUAAAGAAAAUGUUUUACAUUUUGCGAAGUCUGCGACUAUUAGACGUGAGAGAGGACCUGGUAGAAGAAAAUGCAUAAAGCGGUCGAUGGUUACUUCAACUCCAUUACAUCGAUCAUCUCCAAAAGAUGCAAUUACUCCAUCAAAAUGCACAACCGUAUCAAAAGUUUCUGAAGACUCUAAAGAAAACUGGAACACAACAAUUUUAUCUUUAUACUCAUCAAUAUUAAACACAGAUUCAUGCUGUUCCUCCAUCUCUACUAUACAUGAUUUUAAGCCUUCCAUUCCAAGCGUAUCACCACUGACAAAUCUAAUGCCUCCAGCAUCUAUAGGAUCACACGCAGACUUUUCAUAUGUAUUAGACGAUGAAGAAAAUAAGAAUAAUGAUGCCAAUUCACUGUAUUACACUGCUUCCUGUAUGCAAACAGAAACACCCGAAGAAUACUAUAGUUUAAUACAUUCUACAUCUAUGUAUGGAACUCGUACAUUCUCGACAGAAAAGUAUUUUCCAAAUGGAAAAUACGCACUUAGCAACAAUAAUGAAAAUAGCACUAAUUUAUCGAAAAAUCAAUAUUCACUUGAUAGUCAUUCAUCAAAAUAUGAGCCAGGUUUUAAUACUACAAAGUAUAAUGCAUCAACCAUGUACAGUAUAAGUCAUCAUCAUACAUCUGACACAAAUGGGAAUGUUACGGAGAAAUAUGAUUCUGAAGAUAUUGAUAGUGACUAUCAUGAUGGUGAAUACAUGGAAGUUGGAAGUGAAGAAAUAGUAGAAAGUUGCGAUGUAGAGAAUAUGGUUACUCAUGUUCAAGAAGACUGGGAGCCAUUUGAUCCCUAUGUCUUCAUCAAACAUUUACCACCUUUAACACCUGCAAUGAGAGCUAGAUGUCCUGCUCUCCCACUUAAAACACGCAGCAGUCCAGAAUUUAGUCUAGUAUUGGAUUUGGAUGAAACGUUAGUUCACUGCAGUCUACAAGAACUUUCGGAUGCAGCUUUCCGUUUUCCAGUUGUCUUUCAGGAUGUAACAUACACAGUGUUUGUUAGAACACGACCGUUCUUUCGUGAAUUUUUGGAACAUGUUUCAUCAUUAUACGAAGUAAUCCUUUUUACUGCGAGUAAACGCGUUUACGCGAACAAAUUAAUGAAUCUAUUAGAUCCGACAAGGAAAUUGAUUAAGUAUCGUCUGUUCAGAGAACACUGUGUUUGUGUUAAUGGAAAUUAUAUCAAAGAUCUAUCUAUAUUGGGUAGAGAUUUAUCUAAAACUGUUAUUAUUGAUAAUAGUCCUCAAGCAUUUGGAUAUCAGUUGGAAAAUGGUAUACCUAUAGAGAGCUGGUUUGCCGACCGUUCAGAUAAUGAGUUAAUGAAGUUGUUACCUUUUUUAGAAAAUUUAGUAAACUGGGGAGGGGAUGUUAGACCACGUAUUAGAGAACAGUUCCGACUUUUUAGUUUUUUACCACCAGAUUAAUUUAGGUAGUAAGCACAAAAUUAAUGCGGAAGUAUCAGCCUACAUAGGUAUCUAUAUGUAUGUACAUCUUAAAAAUGCGUGCAAUAAUACACGCCAAAAAUGAUAUAAUUUGCAAUAAUAAUCUUAUUCAUAAGUACGUCCAGUGAAAAUGAUUAACAGAAACGCAGUUGCUUUUAUAAGGAUUUAAAUUAAUAUCCAAUUAUAAGUUUCA